AUGGUGUUUGGCUGUUGGUUUGUGGAGUGGAAGGUGCGGCAGCAGCGGCGUGUCGUUGCCGGCCGGGCUGUCCUGUGGCGGCAGCGCGGGAGAGCGCGGGAGCUGUCCGUGGUGCCGCGCUCGGGCCGCGCUCGCCGGCGGCCGUUGGAGCUGUGCGUGGUCCCGCGCUCGGGCCGCGCUCGCCAGCGGCCGUUGGCAGUUGCCACACCGACGGCGACUUGCGGCUGCUCGUCCGGAGGCCUCCUGCGCAUCCGAGUGGUGUCAGCAGCGGCGCUGGAAGAGAGAGCGAGACGGUUUCAUGUCACAGCUGAAGAUGAAAGUGCUGCAGAAGAGCAAGCGGCGGAACGAAAACCAGACAUAGAUGGUGAAAUCGGCGUGUCCUGUGAGGUCAGUGAAGCUGGCAGCCCCCCAGAGCCAGUGCAGACCACUCAGCACAAGACAAAAUAUGCAAGCAAAGACUCCAACCCAAAAGAAGCCAAGGAGGAAUGCCACAGAAACAUCCUGGCGCUUGGGAAGCCGGUGCCAUUGCCCUCUCUCCCAAGCCUUCCCCAGUCGGUGCCUGGGAAGCAGAGCUAUGUGGCCCCCCUGAAGUCGCAGAGAGCUGUUGCAGGAUGUCAGAGGAAAAGACGAAGAGUGGGAACCUCCAGCCUGGUUCCCAAGAAAAAAAGCAAAGUGUUAAACCAGAGAAGAAUGAGUGAAAGGGAGAUGAGCUCAGCAGGCACAGGUCUCUCUCUUUUACGCGGCUCGGAGGUCAGUUUAAAGAACGGGGAGAGUGAGAUUCCAGUCCAGGGCGCUGGCCUGAACUCCGAGGUCUGGGUGGCCCUGCAGACAAGGAAGACUGCUGAAGAGAGGCCUACCCCGACAGAAACGGUCCUGAGCAGUGACAUCUCACGGGGUUACGAGGGGAUCCCGAUUCCCUGCGUCAAUGCUGUGGACAGUGAGCCGUGUCCCAGCGGCUUCCAAUACAUCGUGAGGAACUGCUUCACCUCCCAGGUGGCCAUUGAUAGAAACGUCACUCAUUUACAGCGCUGCUCGUGCGUCGACGACUGCUCCUCCAGGAACUGCGUCUGUGGGCAGCUCAGUGGGCGCUGCUGCUACGAUCAGGACGGCCGACUCCUGCCUGGGUUCAACAAGAGGACGCCCCAGUGUAUCUUUGAGUGCAAUCCCAUGUGCUCGUGCUGGCGGACGUGUAGGAACCGCGUGGUGCAGAACGGGCCCAGGGUUCGGCUACAGCUUUUCCGGACACGAGAGAUGGGCUGGGGCGUGCGAACGAUGGAGGACAUUCCAGCAGGAACCUUUGUGUGCGAGUACGUUGGUGAGGUGAUCUCCGAUGCCGAGGCAAAUCUUCGUGAAGACACCUAUCUGUUUGACCUGAACAACGAGGGCGCAGAUGUGUACUGCAUUGAUGGACGUUUCUAUGGGAACAUCAGCCGCUUCAUCAACCAUUACUGCGAGCCCAACGUCUUUGUAACGAGGGUCUUCACAUCCCAUCAGGACACGCGCUUCCCCAGGCUGGUCUUCUUCAGCAGAAGGGCCAUCAAAGCUGGAGAAGAGCUUGGCUUCGACUACCAGAGGAAGUUCUGGGACAUCAAGGGCAAAUACUUGAGCUGUAAAUGCGGCUCAGCCAAGUGCAAAUACAGUAGCUCUGCACUGGCCAAGCGGCAGGCGCGCGCCCGGUCCCAGAGGAGGAAGCCAAAGGAGGUGCCCGUCAGCAGCUGUGCGGCAAAGGCUCAACGCCGCAAACACUGA